AUGGAGUCCCCCCUGCGAGCAGAGGCCCGGUGCACUCAACUUACGGUGUUCUUGAUGAUCUUUGCUGCCGCGCUUGUCACGGCCUUGGCCCUUUUUGUGCGAAGCCUGUACCUGGAUGCCAGCCAGUACACCACAGGCCCCCCGCCUGGGGACCAUACCAGGGCCGCUCUGGUAGCGUAUAUCAACGGAACUGCAUUGCUCACUUACGUUCUUCUGGACCGAGAUUACACACCGGUGUUAGUGGACCACUUUGGGCGACCGCACUAUCCGGCCCGCUUCUUACAGUGGAUGCUCACAACGCCCAUCAUGAUAUACUUGACUGCCUCGAUAUCCGGCCAGAGCCAUCGUCAGAUCAUUCUGAAUACCUUCUGUGACCUGUUCAUCCUGAUGGUCGGGCUCAACGGACUUCUCAGCUCCUCCAACCUUAUGAGCGGCGUCUGCUUAACUGCAGCGGGCUUCGCUUUUGUGACCCUUCUUAGGAACGUGCACAGAAUGACCAACGACGCGGUACUCGAGACACGUGACUCGGGAUGCCACUGGAGCUUCCACCUUCUGCAAAUAUACAUUCUGACAACAUGGACCGCCUUCCCGUGCGUUGCAUUCUUGAGCGAGACGAACCUGGUCAGCCCAAUAAUGGAGGCUCACAUGUUCCUUGCGCUCGAACUCGCGUGCAAGUUUGUCUUCUCGGCUUUACUACUCGAAGGGAAGUUUUUGUCUCUUGAGGAGAACAGGCGCGUCGCGGAGGUGGCCCGCGAUGAGAGCAACAAAAGUGCGCUCAUCGAACAGCUUCAACAGGCUAUCACAGAAAAGAACCGUUUUUUGGCGUCCGUGUCGCACGAGCUGCGGACACCUUUAAACGGCAUCAUCGGACUGUCUGACGCCAUGCUCCUGAACUUAGACGGACGCUUGCAGGGGUCCUUGGGGGAGGUCAAUGAAGACAUGAAGAAGACACUAGAGACAAUAAAGCAGAGUGGCGGCCGUCUCAAGAAUCUCGUAAAUGAUAUUUUGGACGUCGAAUCCUUGCGCCAGCGCAAGCUGACGUUGCACUACGAGGUAGUCUACCUUCGCCACCUUGUAGAUCACGUCAUGGAUCUGACAUCACCUAUGGUCAAAUGGAACGUAAAGCUCUAUAAUGACGUCUCCAAAGACAUUCCGGAGAUCGAUUGUAAUCAGGCACGGCUGAUUCAAAUUCUGCACAAUCUGGUCGGCAAUGCUGCCAAGUUCACCGACGGUGGAGAGAUACGCGUCUGCGCCAGAGUACGAGAAACUGAUGACGGGCAUGAGUUCAUGAUUGUGGACGUCAGAGACACAGGCAUCGGCAUCCCUAGCCACAAGCUGCAGACGAUCUUCCUCGCGUUCGAGCAAGUGAAUGAGACGAGUAUGGACCAGCGCGGUGGAACCGGGCUGGGGCUCUUCCUCGUGGAUUCCCUUGUGCGCGCGCAUGGCGGAACCAUCUCCGUGACGUCCGAAAUCGGGCACGGCAGUUGCUUCACACUCAAGCUGCCCCUCAAGCAUGUUGAUGUUAAUAAAAGCAAACCCGGUCCGGCUCCGCGUUCAAGGCUGGUGUCGCUCGCUGUCAAGACACCUGACGACGGCCUCAACAGUACACCAAAGACGGCGUCAUCUAAGGCCACGUCACCGAAGGCGACGUCACCGAAGGGCACGUCACCGAAGGCUGUCACGCCUCCCGGAGCCAGGUCACCGAAGAACACAUCACCGAAGGCCGCAUCACCCGCGGCCGCGUCACCCAUGGCCGCAUCGCUCAAACAAAAGUUGACGGGGUCCCCAGGUCGAAUGUUCGUCUGCAGUGACGGCAAGGGGCACGUCACACUGACCCCCAAAACCGCUCUGGCAGCCAUCCCCGACAGUGACGUCACACAAGAUGAAAAGCGAGCAGUGACGUUCGAAGCUGGCGGCGCGGGAAUUCCCAAAGGGGACGGCGGGAGCACCCCCGAGAGCGGCAAGAAGGGGUCCCUUUCACGGUGUGCGAGCACGAGGCUCGUCGGAAAUCUUUAUGUGGGCGAGUUUGAGCUGCCGAAGCGGGCCGUUUCGGCGCCGGCGACCGCUGGACAAGAAUCGUCAAAGAUAGCGCGGAAGGCGGGUUCUUUAUGGCCCGACUUGCGGUCACUCAAGCCCGUGGAGGUAGAGCUCUCCUUCAAAGACCAGACUGAGGACCACAGCUCGACUGCCGUGCACUAUCCGACCAAGCUGCGCUCUCACUACGAAGUCCACGGGCAGUACGAGAUACUAAGCGUGGACGACGACCGGGUGAACCAGAUGGUGGUCGACGGACUGCUGCGGCCUGCCGGGUACAAGAUCACGAAGAAGAUGGACGGUAUGGAGGCCCUGGCAUAUCUGGAGGGCAGCGAAGUCAUUCCGGACCUGAUCAUGCUCGAUGUCAUGAUGCCGGGACUGGACGGAUACGAGGUGUGCAAGAAGGUCCGCGAGAUGUUUCCCUCGAGCGCGCUUCCUGUGAUCAUGGUCAGCGCCAAGUCGCAGGAAGGAGACAUUGUCAAGGGGCUCCGUGCGGGUAGCAACGACUACCUAACCAAGCCGUUCAAGCGGCUGGAGAUCCUGGCGCGUAUCGAGGUGCAGCUCAAGAUCAAGAGGCUGUGGCGGGUGGAAAUCGAGGCUAAGAAGAGCUACCAACUGCUCAAGAAGAUGCUACCUGAUUCGAUCAUCGAACGGCUGAGCGCGGGACAGUCUCUUAUCGCGGACAGUCACAAGGAGGUGACGAUUCUGUUCAGCGACAUCGUAGGAUUUACGGAGAUUUCCGGCUCCUCCGCAACGGAAGAUCUCAUUCUCAUGCUCAACGAGAUGUUUACGGCCUUUGACGCUCUGGUUGACAAGCACGGUGUUUACAAGGUGGAAACAAUCGGCGACGCUUACAUGGUGGUGGCGGGUCACGAUGGAUCGCCCGACCACGCCCUUCGGAUCGUCCGCAUGGCCAUGGAUAUGCUCGCCAAAGUGCGCGACGUCAAGCAGCCAAACCACGUGGACCCAGUGCGCAUUCGGGUUGGGAUACACACUGGCCCGGCGUAUGCAGGUGUCAUCGGGACGAAGUGCCCGCGCUACUGUUUCUUCGGCGACACGGUCAACACCGCGAGCCGCAUGGAGAGCAACGGGUUCCAGAUGAGCAUCCACACCAGCAUGACGACAUACGAGCGCUGUCAGGACUCCUUCGAGUUUGCACCGGUCGGCCGUCGCAUCAUCAAGGGCAAAGGACCGAUGGAGACUUUCCUGCUGAAGUACGGCGAAUACGAGGCUGGGCUGCAGGCGCUGCGCGCGGAGAACCGGCCGACCCUCGCGCGCUCAGACUCAUCCCCCGAUCUCCUGAAGAGGCACGCGAAAAUCGACCCGGCUUCGCUGCCCCCUUCGGUCUCGCCGCUUCUGAAGCAGUCGCUUGAAGGGCCAAGUCGCAAGACUUCCAGGUUCAAGAGCGAGGGGCCCCGGAGAGAGCAGGAUGUCGAGUUCGCUCAGGAUCUGCCAAGCGGCUACGUGUCUGAUGACGUCAGCUGUGGAGGCGGGCCAGCUCCGGGGCGAGAAAGAAAGUUGGACCGGACUCGCACGGGGCCCCGGAAAGAGCAGGAUCUCGAGUACGCUCGGGAUCUGCCAAGCGGCUACGUCUCUGAUGACGUCAGCUGUGGAGGCGGGCCAGCUCCGGGGCGGGAAAAGAAGUUGGAGCGGACUCGCACGCCCCCAAGACGUAGCCUCGGUUCAGCGCUCCUGGGCAUAACUCCGCUGCGGAGGAGCGGAUCGUUCAGCGGAAUGACUGCUCAGAAGGAGGAGUCCGCCCCGGCCGUCAACCCUGACCCGGUACGCACGCUCCGAGUGGACGAGAGCUCUGUGAACAACAUUCCGGUCGUGGCAGCUCAGGCGCUAAACAGAAGCGGCGACAGGCCUCUUCCGGAACACGUGACGAGCCACGUGGCCGUGCCUAGGCCGUCGACGGAUCUGGGCCGCGUGGCGGCUCAGCAGAUGCCAAGCGGGCGGGAGACACCGGCACAGGAGGACGGGAUCAAAUGGAGAACUGGGUUAGGCGUACAGGACGGGUUGAGCGACCCAACGGGACUCUUCGAGAUUCUGGACGGGAUGGGCCUGGGGCGGUACGCGAGCGUGCUUGAGGAGGCGGAGGUGACGGUCGACAUUUUGGCCACGAUGACGCCUGAGCAACUCAAGGAGGCGGGCGUGCAGGCGAUCGGCGCCCGUCUGCGGAUCCUGGAAGCGUUCAGGGCGCCGAAAGCAACCGGCUCCACUUGA